GUUCGACAGGCCGCUUCUAUUUUGUUUCAUAAUCUCCGGCAAAAUGGCUCGCCAAUUAACAAAACUCGGCUAUUUGGAUGUGAAGAAAACGUUAUUCAUGCUAUGUGACCUGCAAGAUAAGUUUCGCCCGGGUAUGAAAAUGUUCGAUCCAGUGAUUAAAAAUACCUCUAAACUGCUGCAAGCGGGCAAGAUACUGGACGUACCGCUGAUCGUAACCGAGCACUAUCCGGAAAAACUCGGUCGUAUCGUGCAAGACUUGGACAUUUCACACGCCAAGGGUGUGUAUCCGAAAACGCUCUUCAGCAUGAUGAUACCGGAUGUGCAGCGCAAAAUUGAAGAACUGUAUGGUCCUCAGGGACCCGAAACGGUUGUGCUGUUCGGUUUGGAAUCGCACAUCUGUCUCGAGCAGACAGCAAUGGAUCUGCUGAACAAGGGCUACACGGUACAUGUAGCCGCCGAUUGUUCCGUUUCGCGCACCCAGGAGGACCGUAAGUUUGCGCUCGAACGUCUGCAGCAGUACGGGUGCUUUGUGACGACGAGUGAGAACGUUAUCUUCAAGCUAAUGCGUGACAAGCAACAUCCCGCCUUCGAUAAGGUGCGCCAUUUGGUACGCGAACCGUCGGUUGAUACUGAACUGGCAAAACUGUAA